GCGCUGGCAGCUGACAGCUGUUUUGACAGUCAAAGUAGAAAGAGAAAAAAAGUUGUGAAUUUAUUUUUCUGUGCAAAAAAGCAAAUUAUUGCGUUUCAGGGUGAUAUUUGAGUGCUGAAUUUAGUGUAUUUUGUGCAGAGAGUCGAUUGUUGUGUGAGACAGUAUGUCAUAUGCGUAUUUAUUUAAGUACAUCAUCAUCGGUGAUACGGGUGUCGGGAAGUCUUGCCUUCUCCUCCAGUUCACCGAUAAGCGCUUCCAGCCUGUUCAUGAUCUCACCAUUGGGGUAGAGUUUGGCGCCCGAAUGAUAACGAUUGAUGGCAAACAGAUUAAGUUACAAAUUUGGGACACAGCUGGACAAGAGGCAUUUAGAUCAAUUACUCGUUCGUACUACCGCGGAGCAGCUGGGGCCCUUCUGGUCUAUGACAUCACCCGCAGGGAGACUUUCAGCCACUUAACGACCUGGCUCGAGGAUGCUCGGCAACACUCCAAUUCUAAUAUGGUUAUAAUGUUGAUUGGAAACAAGAGCGAUUUGGAUUCGCGUCGCGAAGUUAAGAAGGAGGAGGGUGAGGCUUUCGCCAGGGAGCAUGGACUGGUGUUUAUGGAAACUUCUGCUCGUACGGCUGCAAAUGUCGAAGAGGCUUUCAUCAACACAGCGAAGGAGAUUUAUGAGAAAAUCCAGGAAGGCGUCUUUGACAUCAACAACGAGGCGAAUGGGAUUAAAAUUGGACAGCAACAUUCCCCAACAAGUCCAUCUUUGCCCGGAGGUGGAAAUCAAAGUGGCCAACCUGGAGGUGGUUGCUGCUAAACUGGGGAUUUUUCCGCCAGAAUUUUACUGGAAGAGUAAGACGGAAAGGUCUUCGAGGGACGUAAGAGGGCGUCUACGAGUAAAGAACAUCUUGACUGUGAGUGUAAUGUUUUCAUCUUUAUAUCCCCUUUAAAAUAAAUAAAUUUAUGAAUGAUUUAAGAAAGAGAAAAGUAAAGAAAAACUACAAAAUGAGACACUAGAACUUUUUUUUAAAAAAACAAAUAUUUCCACACAAAUUUUCAGCUCAGUGUUUCUUUCAAAGAAGAAAAAUAUAUUUAGAAAAAAAAAUCUCAAUGAAAAUGAUGAAAGAAUAUGGGGAUAAAUAAUCUAUAUAAACUAUGGACAUAAAAGUAUAAUUACAAUUAUAAUGGAUAAAAGAAAUAAUAUGGAAAAUAAAUGAAAAAAAAACUAUGACUUUAAUAUAAACUGUAUGGAAAGGAUACAAGAAUAAAAGUCAAAGGUAUAAGUUGUGUAUGUGACUUAUAAAUAUUAAAAAAAAAGAUAAUAUUAAGGAUUAUUCCUGGGUUUAUUUUUUUCAAUGCGUUUUUAGUAAAAAAAAAAAGGAAUUUUUUCAUAAAAGCGGUUGAAUCGGAUCACAUAAUUAAAAAAAAAGGAAAAAAAAAGAUGAAAAAUAAAUUAAAAUUUAAGUCAAAAAUUAAGAGAAAAAAUUAGUCAUAAUAUCAAGUGAUUGUAAAACUAAUAUAAUGAAAAAAAAAAUAUUUUCUAACUUUGUAUAGCGUGUGGAAAAUAUUUUUUAAACGUAUUUUCCUCCUCAAGACAGAGAAAAUAAUGAGUUUUAAUUAAAAGAAAAUGAGCUGCUUUCAUCACCAUCGUCAUUUC